AUGAGCUCCCUCAAACCCCGACAACCCUACGCAAAAAAAGCCUGCGAAUUCUGUCGAGCUUCGAAGACACGAUGCUUCAUGGUUUCAAUCAAUAAAGAAGUUAAUUCAUCAGGAAGCAGUAGUUCCGAAGAAGAUGCACACGGUUCAAACAGUAAAGAAAAAUUAUCCGCCGAAGUAUCUAGGUAUCAAGGAAACUCGCAUGCUGGAAAGUGUAUCAGAUGUCAAAAACGAAACCUUGAAUGUAUAUAUACUAGUGUAUCUAAGAAGAGAGGCCCGAAGACCAAAAACUCGAAGAUGCUGGUCGAGAAUCUUGUGGAACAACAAUAA